AAGAGGAAGUAAGAUGCGAGUGGCUUUCUUGUCGUUAGGGUUACUGUGUUUGGUCGGACUUGCGGCUGGACAUGGGGAAGUGAAGGGCUUUUUUAAAUUCUUUUUCGAUUUCGAAAACAAGCGCCAGUAUGAGCGCAUUGUAGGUGGCACAACAGUGACGAUCGCGAGGUACCCGUUUGCACUAUCCCUGCGGCGCUACUCGAACCACAUUUGCUCGGCUACGGUCAUUUCGGCAAAUUUUGCAGCUACGAGCGCUCACUGUACGGCCCCGCUUAAAAGUCUUACCGGUCUAACGCUUUACGGUGGAUCCACGAGUCUCAAGACGGGCGGUACUUCCUUCCCAGUGGCCAGCAGCAUCGUGCAUCCCAACUACAACCCGGAAACGUUCGAUUUCGACGUAGCGGUGUUGCGCGUGCAAACCCCGUUCUCGUCGAAUCCUAACAUCGCGCCUGUGCAGUUGAUCGCGGCCGACACAAAGCUUGCCGAUCGCACCUCACUCAACGUUAUCGGUUGGGGUCGCACUAUGACGGGAGAAUCACUCUCACCUGCGUUACGGGCAACUUCGAUUCCUGCCAUUAGCAACGCUGUUUGCUCAGCGAUAUGGUCUGACACCAUCAUUACCGACAACAUGUUGUGCGCCGGUACAAAGGGCAAGGAUUCCUGCACGGGCGACAGUGGUGGUUCGUUGUUGCUACUCAGUAACAACUUUUUCUCACUGGUCGGAAUAGUGUCCUGGGGAUCCGCAUCGUGUGGUAGCGAGUAUCCUGGAAUUUACGCUCGCGUUGCAUCUCCAAAUAUUCGUAGCUUUUUGGCGCAGUACACUUGAUAUGGUAUCUGAUAGGAAAAAGUAUGGAAAAAGAAUGAGUUUUGAACU